AAGUCGUUUGUUCUCAACGGGCAUUGAAUAACAACAAUGAACUAUAGAAAUUGCGGUUCAUUUAUCAGAAGAGCCUGAAUAUUUUUCGUAUACAAAGUGGCUGGUCCCAUUGGCGAGGCUAGCAAGUUCUCGCCAAUCCAACAUGGACAACAAACAAUGGUGCCGACGUGUCUGGAUGCUUCUGGUAAUGAUUCAUCUGAAGCGAAGACAAAGGUUUGUGCCAUAUCGGCUAUGGGAGGAAAUGCUGUGGCCUACUCCAGAUUUACAAACUCCCGGAAUGUGGAGGACCCUUGGUAUAUUCGUUGGGACAGUAUUUCCCACCAGCUUGUAUACGACAUACCUAAUGCUCUAGUUGCUCCACAAUUUGGGCUCUGGCUUACCCCCGAAGAUGACAGCGAUGGCAUAGCUGAAGAUGCGCCACAGAACGUUGGCCAAAGUCACGAUAUCACUACCCCUCAAGUUGGCCCGUCUACCUCUGCAUCUGCAAAUGGACAUUCGGUCACUGGCGCAUCCAUCCCCCCAGGGCAGGCUCAGAGUGCCUCUGCGAUUACCGCUGCUGUUCGCAAGGCACGUACUCGUGUUCCAGAUUUCUCUAUUCUGUUAGUGGACGGCCAACAGCAGGACGAUCUCCCAUUGGAGAGUGGAGGGAUCGAAGUCCUGGAUGUCAUCGUUGGCGCCAUAAUUGAAAUCAAGAACUACAUCUCCCGGCGGGUGAAUCGGAAGGACCCAUCGUUCAAGCGCAAGAUAGCAACAAAAGUGAGGAACGCACAGAAAGACUUACUUCGUCAAGCAGCCCAUUUAUUCAUCAAUUAUCCGCAACAACAGGACGUCAUUGCGAUUGCCGCUGCAGGACCACAUUGGACUUGUGCGAUACUCGAGCGGGGGCAUGUUAUUAAUCUUAUGAAUGCAGUGAGAAAAGAAGAUCGGGACUACGAUUCAGAUGAAGAAGCAGGUGCCAGAAAGCCUGAUUGGAGGCAGUCCGCCCUUCUAGGUGCAGGUCCGUCGAAUACAAUGUUUCACAAAGUCCAUCGUCUGCUGAAGGAGAAGGCCGCGGCGGGGGCUGAGCGGCUGACUGGAGUCGAUAUCCUUUCUUCGGGAAGAGAUAAGGAGGCCAAAGGAGAGGGACGAGCCGCUACUGUGGACAAGCGCAGGAAAGUACCUGUCACAGAGGAAGAGGCUCCCGAGGAGGAAGAGGCUGAUGCAGAAGAGGAAGGUCUGCGCCCGAAGAGGAAGGGUCUACCGCAGAGGAGGAUGAGUAUAUAACCUGAGGUAUGAUUCGCCUUGUUGUCGAUAUAUGAUAUGUAUCUCUUAAUUACGGUGCGCCUGGUAUACGAUCCAUCUGACAAUAUCUGUAUACAUAUGUGAUUGCGAUAAAAUAAACACACCCGGUUGAA